GAAUGACGUUUUCAAUCACGUGGUAACACAUAACAUGGAUGGUAGUAAUACGUAUGUUUCUCAAGUAAACAAUUGUUGCAACUAACGUCUUUGGCUACUACUUGCGGAACAGUGUUUGCAGGAACAAUGGAGGAACCAGCAGAAGCCCUUCCUGAGGAAACUGAGGAGGAUCCACAAGUUGCCAUAAAGAAGGUUAAACCUCCAAAUAAGAAAAGAUUUGAAGAAGAGUUGGAACAACUCAGCAGUAGAAUACGUGACCUGGAGAAUGAAUUGAAAAAACUGCAGCCAAGUCAGAAAGGUGACAUUGCAAGUAAAAGGAGUGAGAAAAUCGAGAUCAUCAACACAUUGAAGACAAUAGAUACAGAAAUCCGAGCUCUCACUGCAGAUGUUACAAAGAGGAGAGCUGCAUUAGAUAGGUUACAGUCAAACCUAGUGUAUAAAAAUGAAAAGAAGAUUGAUGAUGCUGUCGGGAAAUUGGAAUAUCAAUUGAAGAGGACCAACUUUAAGCUGUCAGAAGAGAAAAAAAUUGUAGCAGAAAUAGACAAGCUCCAGCGCUCCAAAAAAGUUCUUGUUCAGUAUGUUGCACAGAAGAAAGAAAUGGAUGAUGUUCGAGAAAGGCAGAGACAGUUACGGGAGGAGAGAGAUCGAUUGCAGAAGGUUGUAAACCGGAUAAGAAUGGAAGAAGACAGCAUCAGAAGAAGUAACCAUGACAGGAAAUUAAAGCUGGACCAGGUUAAGAGAGAACUGGACGAAUUACAUGAAAUAAAGAGGAGAAUGGUCCAGGAUUAUAAAGCUUCUGAAAAAGAAUAUCAGGAUGUCAAACAAGAGGAGAUUAAAGUCAAGAGGCAGGAAGGCCUGAUCAAGAAGCAAGAGAGAAGGAACACUAUGGAGUCAUUCCAGCAAGAUCUGGAGGUUUAUGGAACAGCUCGAAAGCCAUUUGAAGAUGAGGUGAACCUGUGUAACACCCUGAUUAAUUAUCUGAAGAAGUUUAACACUGCAGCUGAUGAGACAAUAGACGACACGGAACCCUCUCCCCGAGCAUCUGGCUGGUCUCUCAUCAAAGGAGUUGGGGAAUCACCAGCUGCCAUAUCUAAUGAACUAGAAGACGGAAAAUAUGUCCUUCUGAAGAAGGAUGAGGAUGAAGAAUUUCCAGAUCGCCGGCUAAGGCGAUGCAAAAGACCAAGCAAGAAAGGUCGUAAACAGUCAGUGAUGAAGUCAUUGACCCACCCACCACAGAUUUUCUCCCAAUUUGCCUCACUUAACCUAAAUGCCCCUUCAAAUAUAUCAGAAAUUCCAGCAUCUCUAGAACAGCUCCAUGCUAGAAAGAAAUAUUAUGAAGAUGGUGCUCAGAUAAAACUGAGAGUAUACACCCCAUCUGUAGAGGAGAAUAGCGAUGGUGGAGUGUCAACCAGUGAUGGUAUAUCAGCAACAGAGAGUGCCAUGUGUGAGAUGUCUCGCCAGGCUAGCCACACAGAGAGCAUGGAAAAUGCCAGUGGAACAGACCAGUGUCUAGACGAGUUGGUCCGAAUGUCCGAGACUCUGAGUGAAAAAUCAGAAUACACAACGGAACGCAGCAGCUCCGAUUCCACAGUAAGGUCAUCUGACUCGGAUCACUCUGGUCACUCAGUUAGAGAGAUUUCCAGAGAGUCCAGAGAUUCUGAAAAUAUGGCUGCAGCGAGUGUUCCUUUGGCUGAGUCCUUGGUUGUUGGGCAGAGAAGUAUUGAUUCUUUAACUGAUGACUGCUUUCAGCCAAAUGACCUCGUUACAAAACAAACAGUGGGUCAUAUAUGUGACAGUAAUAUAGUGCCUCCAGUAAAGAUAGAGGAUAGUGAUAUAAAACUGGUGGAGGGUGCCACAUGUGGUAAUGUGGUGCUUGGAGCAGGAGAGAUGAUGUCAGCAUCAUGAUGUUAAUCUCAAGAGAUGACAGCGGGCUGUCAUUGUCAGCUGACUAGGUGUUGAUUGUCAGCUGGGUUUCUGACGAAGAAAACACAGCGUGUCAGCUGAGUUUAUUUAUGAUUAUGAUAAACUACCAGUGGUCUAACUCUUUGUUGUCAUUUAAAAGAGCCCACAGCACCUACUUCAUUAUAGACAACAUAUCACAAUCUAAGAAAAAUACAUCCAUGACUAAUGAUAAGAAUUAAUUAGCACAAUUAGAUGAUAGAAGCAUUUUUAUUGCAUUUGCUCAUUAUAAUAUUAUGGUUUUUAAUGUAAACUUUAAGUAGUUAUAUUCCAGCACCAGAUUUACAGUAGCAGAAGGCUUGGAAAAUAAAUUUUAAAAAAAUGUCUUAUUGUUUUACUGUUUAAUUUUAUAUGUGUUAAACACAGGAUUUCAUAAUAUACAUACUGAAAGUGCUUUUUAUAUCAAUUAUUUAUGUUUUUUAAAGUUUUGUUAAGCAUGAGAAACAGAUAUGUGGGGAAAGUAUUUUACAAUUUUUAAUAAUUUGUUGAGAAUUACAUGACAUACAUGUAUAUGUUUUCAGUAAAGUAAAAUAUGCAUUAUGUAUUCAGUUAGUGAAAUAUAUGCAUAUUUUGGGGUCAUAAAUUUAUUAGAAUUGUAGAAGUUGAUGUAUUUUGAAGGUUUGUAGGUUACGUCAGUAUGACUGAAAUUCUGUGUAAGAUUUGUGGCAUUGCACAUUAUCUUAUAAACAAAGAAAUACUACUUAAAUGCGUUAUGAAGUGGACAUGUGCAUUAUUAUGUUUUUCUUUGUUGUUAGACCAUUUUAAUCAACAAUUAUCAUUUAUGUGGUGUAGCCAUUGACUGUUAUGGUGAAUGAGUUUCAUUAUUUUAUGUUGUAGAGUUUAAUUAGUAGCACCCAAUAUGAUAAAACCCCAUUAUCAUUAACUCUUGUUUUGACAUGACUAUUUUGUUUGAUGUAAAUUUCCUGUUUUAUUUAUUGUUGUAGAUUAGGUUUAGUAUAUGUGAAUUAAUUGUCCCAGUUUAUUUAUUUAAGAUGUCUCAUAUAUCCGAGAUUUUAUUUUGUUUCAAUAACAUAUUCAUUGUGGCUGGUACAGAUUAAAUUUUUAACUGUGUUACUUAUGUAUUUCUGGUUAUAUUCACAAGAGCUUCAAUAUGCUCAUAAAAUACAAGGGGAAAAAAUGAAUUUCUAAUUGAUUGAAAUCAGUAGAUCAUCAAUAAAUUCAUGUAGUUUUCUUUCUUUUGAACACAGAUCAGGGAGCCCUGCAAUUACAAUCAUAUCUUUGUUAUUCAGGGUCUGUUUGUGUGUGUGCUUUUUUUUUUCUCCAAACCAUAUCUCUGCAUUGGAUACACACUGUACCAAAUAUAUAUAAAACCAUGACUGCUUCAAGUUUCAGUUUUGGGUUUAUUUGGUUGCUUAAAUGCUUGAAUACAUGUUUAAGUCUGAUAUUUCAUAUCUCUUUUGGUUGGUUUGUUACAUGUAGAAGUACGAACCAGAAAUCUACUUGAAAGUGUUUAAGUUUGUGAGAGUAUUUUAUUCUGCAAGGUCACCCAUACACAUAGUGUCAAAUCACAGUGUCAUUAUAUUCGAAUCCAAUUCACUAGCAAAAAAGGAAAAAUCAUUUUUUAAAAAUUUAACAUAAUAAAACAAUGCACAUUUUGGUGUGCUGUCUCUGAAUUUAGGCAUAAGUGAACAUGUGGGUCAUGAGAAAUCUUAAUUCAGUGUGAAGGCUUGCGAGACUCAUUUUGUAUUGUAGACAAAAAAACUUACUAACUUAAUUAGUCCCAAUUUCAUAUUUCUCCUUUUUUGUUCGUUUUAUUUUUGUCAAUACUGUAUAUUCGGAUUUUUAUUUUUGCCCUAAUACAUUGUUGAGAAGUUUGAUAUGCCCGCAGCUGUGUUGUUUCUGUCAGUUUAUAUGCAUUUUAAAUGAUUAGUUCUGUUUGAAUUUUCCCACUGAAGAUCAGUGUGAAAAGCAGAAAUCUAAAAAAGAAAAAAAGGGGUGGGGAGUUAAUUCCAUAUACAGUAAAAAAAAAUCUUCAUCCAACAGUUGAAUUGCAUGAUACAGACAUUGAAAUCUUGUUGUUUUAAAUGAAGUGCCUAGUUCUUCUUAAAGAGACUUGUUUUAGAGACUUCUUCGUUCUUUCCAUAUGUAAUCAGCAUGUGAACUGCAGGUUUUUUUAUGGGAGAGUAUUGAAAAGUUCAUUUAUGCAGAUUUUUUAUGCAUACAUGUAUUUAAUAUUCAUAGCUUAUUAAUUUGUAUUUAUUCUUCACAACUUAUUUUUAUCAGACAUUGAUUCUCUAUGGAUGUUGAGUGAAGCCUGUGUGUUGUUCAUUAAAAAAACCCUGUGUAUACUGAUAUUUUGAAUGAUAUAGGUUGACCGUUGAUAGAAAAUUGCGAGAAAAAUUUGUCAAGAAAAUACCGGUACAACGGUGUGUUCCCAUUUUGCCAGAGCUGUGAGGUCCAGCUAAAAAUAGCUGAAAAGUACCAAAAGGAAUUGCAAAUUUUGCUAAUUGGAACUUGAUUUUUAAAUUACAUUUGUAUAUCACGAUUUUCACUUUAAGCAUCACUGAAUGUAAUUAAACUGAAAUUAAGUUUUACCUGGAUUUUUUUCCAGAUAUUUUUUUUUUUUAAUGUGGGAAUUGAUUGAAUAUUAAAAAAAAAAUUAAAUAUCCUUUAAUAAUGCCAUACUUGAUUGUAUUUUUUAAUAUAAACUCUAAUAUGUUUUCCAAAACAAGUGUGUU